CACAGAUCGUAGAGCUAUUAAGACUAAGUCGUCACUAAGUCACUAAGUCAUCUUAGUAGAAAUCUAGAUUCUAGAGUUUCUACAAGCGAAUUGCUAUUGAAGUAUCAAGACAAGAAAUGUAUAAGUUGGGCGUACACAUUUAGAUCAUACAUCAUACGAUGUCAUCUUGCGCAGAACUGCUUGUUCACAACAAAGGACACAUAACUAACAACGAGAAAGGAAUAUAUAAAUAACUCAAAUAUAACAAAACUAGAUAAUUUUUGGAUGUUUUCUAAGAUUGUGUCUGUACAUUGAAAGACUCCUUCCUAUGAUGUCACAAUCUUAAUAUGGAAGAGGAGCGUAACUUGGUGGAUAGAAAGAAGCAUUUAAUUAUUAUACAACUCCCAUAUUUUCAACCAUUGUGAUAUUAUACAACUCCCAUAUUUUCAACCAUUGUGAUAUUAGAUUUCAUAAAAUCAGGACAAUAUUUUGAUAUACCAAUGAGAAGAUCAGUAUCAAAUUUUCCUUUUAAGUGAUACAAAGUUUGAUUAUCAUAUUUAUAGAAGUUUCACAUGUAGUAAAUUCAGAAGAUUUAAUUUAUUAUAUUUUCAAAUAUAUUACAAGAGGAGGAUUGUCUUUAGAUAGUUAACUGCUAAAUAGAAGACUGGGAUGAACUAAAAUAUAAUUCCAACGGGAUCAUAUAUCUGACCUGAAAAUGCGGCUCUUUGUCGUCUUUCGUACGUUUGAUCGCAUUUGGACUUGUAAGACAUACACUAGAGAACUCGCUCCGUUUGAGCUGGACAUGUCAGGUGGAGCUAUCAAGCUUAUGUUCAUGGUAGAUCAUAUUGUCUCUGGUGAUAAUGGUAAGCAACUCAUUCUACAGCAUUCUAGCCUGUUUGCCAGGAAUGGCAUCUUGGAGAAAGAUUCUGUGUCUUUUUAUUGCCAGCCUCAUGACAGCUUCUUUCCCGUUAUUAUUAAAGAAUGUAAAAAACUUCAAGAAGAAGAGUUACCAUCGUCCCAGGGCCGUGUCAGAAGAUUUUCUGUGCCGAGCCUAGAGGUCAGCGUGGCCUCUCCGAAUGAACUGUUUGAACAGACAUCAGAUAUCAUUUACUUUGUUCUUCCCAUUUGCCGCUGCACUGUCCUGUUGGAUGCCCAUGUUGCCAGUUGUAUCAGCCGCGAGUGCUCACGCAGCAAGACAUUUCGCUGGCGUCUCUGGAAGUACCUGAUGAAGCAUAAUGGAUUCAGAGACUGCGUUCAUGAGUACGAACAAUGGACGCAGGAAGAGAGGGAUGCUUGGGAUAACUAUAUGACAGUCCCUUACAUGAUCGAUGUAGUUGCCGUCUGGCCAAAGCAAAAACUUGAUUAUGCCUGGAUUAGGAGAGUUCUUGGACUUCUCUGUAAAUAUGUUGUAUUGAUGGAAGGCUUUGCUUGGCUGUCAACACUAGGUGGCGCCCACUCUUCAUUAGGGGAGACCUUCAGACAUCAUGCUGAGAAAGCUGGAGAAAUCUCCAAGAAGCAAUUGAAGACAGCUCUAGAGCUAGGAGAUGAAAGUCUGAUAGCUCGGAGCUAUAUCUUCUGGUCAUGGAGUUUGCUACAGAGAGGGGAGCUAAGACGGUGUAAAGCAUGUGUCCUUAACACCUGGAAGUUUUGCCAGAACAUCCGAAGCAAGGACUGGAUCCUGGAGGCCAUGUGUAAAGCUGUCUGGAGCAGGCUGAAAUAUAAAAAAGCUGCUCGUAGAGCCCCCAAAAAAUCUCACGGCUCCAAAAAAGAAUUAGAUGAUGAUAAGGGUGGGGGAGAUGGAGGACGGAACAGCCCCACAAGGCAACAGCAGAAGGAAGCAAUCGCCAGCACAUCUAUUACAAACAACGGUAGUUCCACAUCAGUUUGUGCUGAUGGAGGUCAGAGGUUGUCAGGUAGAGUUGUGAGCUCCGUUAGAGUGAACUGAUUGGGUUUGAUUUAUACAAUACCAACUUGUGAUAGAAAUUUGCAAAGGUUGCUCAAGCUAUUACCUCUGUCUGAAGCAAGAUAAAGGAAGUAUCUAUUUCUACAACUAUUGUUGCUCACUGUUAUGACAGAAAGAUUGUGUGUUCUAGAAGUAACAAAGAAGAGAAUGAGAGCUCACUUCUGUUAGGACUUUUUGUUUUACCGUUAAAGUUUGACCGGUUGCACAGAAAUCUCAUAACUUUAAGGGAUGCCUGAAUUUAUUUCUGUGUUAUGUUAAUGUCUUACUAUUGUAUUACUGCUUAUUUCAUGGGCGUAGCCAGGUUUUUUUUUUUUUUUUUUUUUUUGGGGGG